CUCUGUUUUUCUUUUUCUCUUUCUACCUAUCGCUUUCUCUUGCCCACCUACGGUAACGGAAAUUGAACUCGCCGCGAUCACGAUAUUCCCAUUUCGCACGGUCGCGCGAUACCUUCGGGAUCGUGCCAUUUAACGAUCGUACGGCACCGUGGCUCUUCCAGCGUUUUCGCGACAGUUAAUCGGCGACGAUCGGCAAUUUACGAUUUAUCAUCCCGCCAUUCGUGUUGCGCGCGGACCCGGAAAGACGGACGAUAUCGUAAUGUGACACGUCGCAAGCGAGAGAGCUGUCUGCUUCCUUGAAGAUGCCGGCGAUCUGGUCUGGGCGACCCGGUUGGUUGGGCAAGCUUGGCAUAGCCUUGCUGGCCAUCUGGUUCCUGGUGCUGAUUGUGUCCGUUGUUCAUGUAUUCAAGUCAAAUAAUUCCUUGUCGAGCCGCGAUGUUAGCAACGUCAACAAGGAAAACACCCAACGUCUGGCUCAAAUGGUCAACGACUUUGAGAUCCUGAAGAGGCAAAACGACGCGUUGAAGAGCUUCAUACUGGGAGAAGGGUCGAAGUCUAUGCAGGGCGAUCAUUUAGGCGCCAUACAGGAGAAACUCGAGAGAGCGUCGGUUUACGAUGUUAAUCUGUUGGAUGAUCAGGAUGGGUCAAAACAUGGCGUUCCUUCCAUGGAGCAUGAAGAGCUACGACGACGCUUGAGAAAUGGCAUUCAAGAGAUGUGGUACUACAUUAGUGCCGAAUUAAACAAAUUUAAGAAACACAUAGACGAAUUUACGUACGAUCAGAGAGAGAAGGAGAUACAAGAUGUGUUGAAAAAUGUGUGGGAGCAUAAGAAGUCGGUUGUAAUGAAUGUUGAUAAGUUGAAGAAAGUGGACGGUUACGACGAGUGGCGAGAGAAGGAAGCAAAGGACCUAUCUGAUCUUGUACAAAGAAGAUUUAGGUAUCUGCAAAAUCCUGCUGAUUGUAAUAAAGCGAAAAAAGUAAUAUGCAGCUUAAAUAAAGGAUGUGGUUUCGGUUGCCAGAUUCAUCAUGUUACGUAUUGCUUCUUGGUAGCUUAUGGUACCGAGAGAACGUUAGUAAUAAAAUCCAAGGGCUGGAGGUAUCACAAGGAUGGCUGGGAGUCGGUAUUCAAACCUCUCAGCGACACUUGCGUGUCUACGAGCGGUGCGUCGCAUUCCAAUUGGCCGGGUGAUCCCACGAAGCAAGUAAUAUCCCUGCCGAUCGUUGACAACGUCUAUCCGAAGCCAAGGUUUCAACCGCCUAGCGUACCAGCGGAUCUAGCACCAAGAUUAGAAAAGAUUCAUGGUCAUCCUCUGGUUUGGUGGGUCGGACAGGUAUUGAAAUACCUGAUGCGACCUCAGGAUCACAUGAGGAAAACGCUGGAGAAGGCGAAGGAGAGGCUCGGCUUCAAGAAACCCAUCGUUGGCAUCCACGUGCGCAGGACCGACAAGGUGGGCACCGAGGCAGCUUAUCAUGACGUAGACGAGUACAUGAGCAAAGUGGAGCAGUAUUUCGACGAGCUUGAAACGCAGCCGGACGUGCGGAGGGUCUUCUUAGCCAGCGAUGACCCGAAAGUGAUAACGACGGCUCGGAAACGUUACCUGAACUACGAGAUUAUUGGCGACCCGGAGGUAGCGGAGACUGCGUCCGUAGCGAAACGAUACUCGGAUACCUCACUGCAGGGGAUAAUCAUCGAUAUCCAUCUGCUGUCGGAAUGCGAUUACCUGGUGUGCACUUUCAGCUCUCAGGUGUGUCGCGUCGCCUACGAACUGAUGCAGACGUUCCACGUGGACGCGUACAACAAAUUCGCAUCUCUCGACGACAUCUACUACUACGGUGGGCAGAACCCGCAUCCCCACGUGGCCAUCCUCGAUCACAAACCGAGGAAGAACGGAGAGCUCGAGUUGAAGGUUGGCGACCUGAUCGAGGUCUACGGCAAUCACUGGGAUGGCUUUUCCAAGGGAUACAACACCAGGACUAGCACGAUGGGCCUGUUCCCCAGCUUCAAAGUUAAGAAUCCCGUCGACGCCGUGGAGUUUCCCAAGUAUCCGAGCGUUCCUCUGCUAGAGAAUAAAGCGAAUUGAACCCGCAAUUGUCGCGGAUUGUCUUCUGACGGAGUGGAUUAUCGGUGCUUCGACGAGAUCUCCUUCAGGACAAGUUCUUGAAAUAUUAAUAAAAAUGAUACUCCGGGAGUUGUAUAUUUUGCUACUUGUAGACGACGACGACUUUAAUGCCUAUAAAUUUUUACAUGUCCAUGACGAACGGCAAUCUAUCGUGUCAAUACGUAAUUAUGUAUGUUUGAUUUUUUAGAAAGAUUGCGAGUAUAAUUUAUAUUGAAUAUGCGCCGUAAAUAGAGCUGCGGCUCUUUCUUUCCGGUUAUUUGUGAUCUCUUUAUAUGUGAAAAAUUGUAAUAUCGGUUGGUACUAUCGUGAGAUAAAUGCCUAGAAUUAGGAUCACAACUGCGAAUAUUUAGCAAUAUUAGUAUUUGUAAGAUUUUGAUAUAUUUUCAUCUUGAAGUGCAAAGCCAUCGCAAAGUGAUCGUUGAUUUAAUCGGAGGUUUGAUUGGAGAGGCAUAAUUAUCUCGGAUCUCUGCGUUUUCAAGUGUAAUAAUCGAGAUAUUUCGAUAUUGUUGAUAUUGGCAUAGUUGAAUUGUUUCCAUGUGUAUUAAGAUGUGUAAUAAGUCGAUAUGAUGAGGAUCAUGUCUAAAUGGAUCUAAUUAUCGCAUGUAUUGAAAUGUCGGACGUUUGUGCCAAUGUACCGUCGCAACAUUGCUUGUACCGGUGAACUGAGCUUUCGCUGGAUAGAUAGCGAUAUAGUUAGUAAAAAUUGUAGUUACAAAAUUUCUCAUUUGCCGUGUGUUCCGCAUCAUCCCCUUGUAAAUAAAUUUGCGAGAAUUCUGGAAAAAAAGCUUGCAGCAAUCGACAGUAUGUCUUAACAAAGUAUCCGUUCUAAUUAUUGCAACGUACAAAUUGUAUCAUACAUGCAAUAUAUUAUUUCCAUUCGUCACACUUUGAUACCUUUAAAGCUUACCAUCACGCGUGAUGUGCGAAGAAAAAAUGUUCAUAAGUAUGAUGAUAAACAUCACGCAAACAUCGAGCUAGGCUUGAGGCCUAUCUUAGAUAUUAGGAAUUUUAUUGUACAUAAAUAUAUAUUAUAUAUAUUGUAAUAUAUUUUAUACGCAGAAUGCAAGCAAGAGAAUUGUUAUUACAAUAUCUGAAUUUGAUUUUGAAUAAUAAAUAUUUAAUUCACG